AUGAAUUUCUUGAUGCUGCGGUCUAGUCAGACUGCAGCUGCAGAGCAGCCAUCUGUUCAAGAAUUUCAGGCAGAGGCAAAUUAUGUGUCGAAACCCACGACAACUUUGGAGGGUCUUAUAGCCGAAGAUCCAUUGCUGCAGGGCACCGUGAUUGAAGAGCAUGACAGAGAGAGUGAAGCAUAUGGGAAUGAAAAUGGAGGUCUUGCAGGGUCAAAUGGGAAAAAUACUCCUCACAUUGUAGACAACCACAAGGAUGUUACUGAACAUGAAGGAUUCAUAACUAUUCCGUACAAGGAACUUCCUGAUAACUGGAGUGAGGCACCAGAUAUACUUUCAUUUCGCUCUCUGGACCGAUCCUUUGUUUUUCCAGGUGAACAAGUCCAUAUCCUGGCAUGCUUGUCAGCAUAUAAGCAUGAUACAGAAAUUAUCACCCCCUUUAAAGUUGCUGCAGUGAUGACUAGAAACGGGAUUGGACAAAACACCAAGAAAGAAAAUGGAAACGAAGUGAAUGAAACUAGUCCUGUUUUUGGAAGAGGGGACUUUUGCUCUGAUGUUGGUGAUAUAGACCAAUAUGGUGAAGACCUGUUGAAAGGCAAGGUUAAUCCACAGAAAGAUGUUUUUGCUGGCGAAUCUCUUCUUAGAAUGGAAGAUCACAAAAGACAGACUGAAACAUUGUUGCGAAGUUUUAGGAAUUCUCAUUUUUUUGCACGCAUUGCUGAAGCAGAUGAGCCACUUUGGUCAAAAAGAUUUGCUCCAAAAGCACCUCCAGAAUAUUCUGAGGUGGUUGGAGAAAAUUUCACUGCAGAUGGUGCAGAGACUGGGAAGACUUCAAGGAAGAAGGCACCUCUAAAUGCAGCCGUUGAUAGAGGAAGUUUUGAUACCAAUGCCUCUGGAGGCAUGGCAAGAAAUGCUGUAAAGUGUUGCUCUCUGGAAAAUGGAGAUAUAGUGGUGCUUUUACAGGUGAAUGUUGAUGACAGUUUUGUGACAGAUCCUGUCCUGGAAAUUCUUCAAUUUGAGAAACAUGAGAGAAACUUUGCCUCUGCAAACAAGGAAGACUUGGUCUCUGCAAAUCAAGACCCUUGUGGAGAACUAUUGAAGUGGUUGCUUCCUUUGGAUAAUUCUGUUCCCCCUCCAGCUCGUCCUUUAUCUCCUCCUCCAGUUACUUCAAGUUCAGGCAUUCGCAGCACUUCCACAAGGUCCAACUUUUCUGGUUCAUCUGGAUCUCAGAUUUUUCCUUUUGGUCACUUCAGAAGUUAUUCCAUGUCCUCACUUCCUGCAAAUACUGCACCACCUCCAUCUGUUACCCUCCCCAAUUCUAGGCCAAACUUUGACCUAGCAGAUUGGGAUCGAUUAUCACCUCCGAAGUCUGGGAAGAGUGAAAAAAGCAGGAAUCAGGGGCUUCUAUCUUUUCGAGGUGUAUCAUUGGAGCCGGAAAGAUUUUCUGUUCGUUGUGGAUUGGAAGGCAUUUAUAUACCAGGAAGAAGGUGGAGGAGGAAAAUUGAAAUCAUUCAACCUAUAGAAAUCCAUUCUUUUUCUGCUGACUGCAAUACAGAUGACCUUAUUUGCGUUCACAUAAAGAACAUUUCUCCGGCAAAUGCACCAGAUAUAGUGCUAUAUUUAGAUGCCAUAACAAUUGUUUUUGAGGAGGCAUCAAAAGGUGGACCACCUCUAUCUUUGCCCAUAGCCUGUAUUGAAGCUGGAAGUGGCCACAGUUUACCAAAUUUAAUGCUCAGGAGAGGUGAAGAACACUCAUUUAUUCUCAAACCAGCAACUUCAGUGUGGAAGAGUCCUAAGUGCCAUGGUGGAAGAAGUUCACAGUCAUCACAUGUCCAGGCUGAAAGUGCAACAUCAAGUUUGCAUCAUCCCUCCAUCAUUGAAGGGAAGCAAAGUGUUUCACCUGCUGAUCAGUAUGCAGUGCUAGUGUCAUGUCGGUGCAACUAUACAGAAUCCAGGUUGUUUUUCAAGCAGCUGACGAGCUGGAGACCUCGAAUCUCAAGGGAUCUUAUGAUCUCUGUUGCAUCAGAAAUGUCGAGGCAAACUCUAGGAUCCAAUGGAAGAUUAUCUCAGCUUCCUGUUCAGGGAGAGUGAGCAGUGAUAGACGAGGUGCUGCUGUGCAGAAGCUAAGCUCAACCUCUCUUUUAUCGGAGAAUGAAGGGCCAAAUGGGGAUGCUGGCCCUCGAUCUGUUUCUUUAAAUGAGCAUGGCAUUCCUAUCUCUGAUGUCCUUCCAGGUGGUGAUUUGGGUUGUACGCAUUUAUGGUUGCAAAGUAGAGUUCCAUUGGGAUGUGUUCCUUCUCAAUCUACCGCUACCAUAAAGCUCGAGCUACUGCCUUUGACUGAUGGCAUAAUUACACUUGAUUCUUUACAGAUUGAUGUUAGAAAGAAAGGAAUACUUUCUGGCAUAACGGGCCUUGCCUAUGUGCCUGAGCACUCCCUGAAGAUCAAUGCAACUUCCAGCAUAGCCACUGUGAUUGUGUAGGAUUGAUGUUCCAAAGUUGGUUUUUCAACUUUCUUGUCAUGCAUGGCAAGGUACUCAAACUUGGACAUUAGACGGCUAUAGAUGUGGCAUACUUUUCAGACGUGCAAGCCAAUACUGGUCUCUCUCUCUCUCUCUCUCUCUCUCUCUCUCUCUCUCUCUGUGUUGUAGAAUGUAACUUUAGUGUCAAUUGAUUUCAAAAUAUAACCUUAAUACUUGUUUUUAUAAAUCCUCAUUUGAUAUGACAUUUGUGGUAUAUCAUCUAUUCUUGUGUGUGUGGAAGAGUUCCUACUUCGUACCUCAGUGUAUCCCUUGGUCAUGGUGAAUUACAAUCCUUACAUAGAUUUUGAAUGAAAAGUGGAAA